AGGAGGAGGGAGGGGUAGAGAGAGAGAGAGCGGGAAGCAGAGGGGAGGAGACGAGAGAACGUGUGUUUCUGUAGUGCGAAUAGGAACGAGAGAGCGCGAGGACAAGAGAGAGCGAGACAGAGAGCAGAAAGCCGCCGCUUGUUGUGAAAAUAGAAGAAGAGGGUGAACAAAAAAGGGAUCGGAGGAGAAAAACAGCUGUUGGGAGCAGAGCAGAGAUGUUGGAGCUCUCAUCCGAGCUGGGCUUUGUGCAGAGUGUGUGUGUCGACAGCAUAUGCUGCCCCCCCUCUGCACCCCACCCCACCGGCGGAUCCAUGAGGGCCGACGAUCUGCUGCUGAGUAACGGCACGGCCGGGAAGAUGAACGGGGCGUUGGAGCAUUCGGACCAGCCCGACCCAGACGCCAUCAAGAUGUUCGUGGGCCAGAUCCCUCGCUCCUGGUCAGAGAAGGAGCUGAAGGAGCUGUUUGAGCCUUACGGCGCCGUCUAUCAGAUCAACAUCCUCCGAGACCGCAGCCAGAACCCUCCACAGAGCAAAGGGUGCUGUUUUGUCACGUUUUACACACGGAAAGCUGCCCUUGAAGCCCAGAAUGCACUGCAUAACAUAAAGACCUUAACAGGGAUGCACCAUCCCAUUCAGAUGAAGCCUGCAGACAGUGAGAAAUCAAACGCGGUGGAGGACAGGAAGCUGUUCAUCGGCAUGGUGUCGAAGAAGUGCAAUGAGAACGACAUCCGAGUCAUGUUCUCUGCGUUCGGACAGAUCGAGGAGUGCCGGAUCCUGCGAGGGCCCGACGGACUCAGCAGAGGCCUCAGCCAGCGGGAAGCCAACGUUAAGGGAUGUGCGUUUGUCACCUUUUCUACAAGGGCUAUGGCACAGAAUGCAAUCAAAGCCAUGCACCAGUCUCAGACUAUGGAGGGCUGCUCGUCUCCCAUCGUGGUGAAGUUUGCCGACACGCAGAAGGACAAGGAGCAGCGGCGCCUGCAGCAGCAGCUGGCUCAGCAGAUGCAGCAGCUCAACAACGCCACCACCUGGGGGAGUCUGACAGGGCUGGGCGGCCUCACCCCGCAGUAUCUGGCUGUAAGAGGACACGCCGCGUCGCCCACCCCUUACUGCAGCCCCGCAGCCAACGCAUCCGUCGCCGCCGCAUUGCUCCAGCAGGCCACCUCCUCCAGUAACCUUGGAGCCUUCAGUGGGAUCCAACAGAUGGCAGGUAUGAGUGCUCUGCAGUUGCAGAACCUGGCCACUUUAGCAGCGGCAGCAGCGGCGGCCCAAAACUCAGCCGGCCCCAACGCAAACCCCCUGUCCUCCAACGUGGCCUCCCUCGGAGCGCUGGCCAGCCCAGCCAACUCCUCGGGCAUGAACUCUCUGACCUCUCUGGGCACUCUGCAGGGCCUGGCUGGCGCCACCAUGGGUCUGAACAACAUUAAUGCACUAGCAGGUAGCGUCAACAGUAUGGCGGCCCUGAACGGAGGCCUGGGCGGCGCGGGGCUGACCAACGGCACGGCGGGCACCAUGGACGCGCUCACACAGGCCUACUCAGGGAUCCAGCAGUAUGCAGCCGCAGCCCUGCCCACCCUCUACAGCCAGUCCCUGCUGCAGCAGCAAGGGCCUGAAGGUGCCAACCUGUUCAUCUACCACCUGCCCCAGGAGUUUGGGGACCAGGACAUCCUGCAGAUGUUCAUGCCUUUUGGAAAUGUGGUCUCUGCCAAAGUCUUCAUUGACAAACAGACAAACCUGAGCAAGUGCUUCGGCUUCGUCAGCUAUGACAAUCCCGUGUCAGCGCAGGCAGCCAUCCAGGCCAUGAAUGGCUUCCAGAUCGGCAUGAAGAGGCUGAAGGUGCAGCUCAAGCGCUCCAAGAACGACAGCAAACCAUACUGAUCUUAGCACUAGGGCCAAUCUGCUCCCAUGUUACCACUGCUAGGGUAAGUCCCCAUACGAGCCACGACCUCUACACAGGGACUGGGGGAGGGAAGUGGAGGGAGGGGGGAGACAACAUUUGACCACCAGAGGGAGACACUACUUUCUCCUUGAGUUUUUUUAUUUUUAGCUUUUGUGUUCAGCAGUAUUAUUUAUUAUUACUAUUAUGAUUUUUUUUGUAUUAUCUUUCACAUGAAUGCUUCCAUUACCACCUUUAUUUUGUACCACUUUUUAAAAAAGUAGCUAUCAUUGGUAGCUUUUUCAGUUGUAAAACAUAUUUAAUUUUCUACGUGAUUAUUUAUAUACUGUUAUCAGAAGAAUUUCAUUACUCGAAAAACAGAGUAAGAAAAAAAACAAGCUAUAUGGUUUUGUUUGUUCUCUUUGUGAACAUGAGGCCUGAUAAAAUGUCGAUAUAAAGGGUUCAUUUCUGACACACCACGCACCGAUAUGCACAUGACCCUUGACCUCCUGGUGUUGGUUUCCGGGCCAACCACCGCUGCUUCUCUGACCCCUGAUGCCUGCUGACAGACACCAGGGAACAAAGGGUUAAAAAACAAAACUUAGUGGCCUCUCACCUGUUAGUCAGUCAACGACAGAAUCCCAUACAGUCCUCGAUUUCAUUAUUAUCAUGACUCCAGUCAUUUCUUAAUGUGGAGAAUGUUUAUUUCACACUAAAACAAUGUUAGCAAACUACGAUUUUCUGGAUCAGAUCACAUUGGUCUUUGUUGAAAGGGAUAUUGUGUAGAACAUUUUCAAAGUAACAUCCAGAAUCUGAUGAAGGCUAUAAGAUUAAAAAAUGUAUGGGUGGGAAGUUAACUGAAAAUACUUGAUGUUUCUUGAGAGAUAAAAAAAUUAAUUCAAAGUAGCGAAAGCCACAGGCCUGUACAUUUUAUUUGUAAAAAAAGCAGUUCUAUUUUUAUACAAAAUUCUUACUGCCUCAGAAAAAAAGGAUUUUAUUUAUUGCCUAUCGUUAAGUUAUUGGAAUCCUAUAAAGAACCGAAUCCGUUAGAAUAGAACCUUGUCUAGUAGUCUUCUGAAAUUCGGAACUGUAGAAUUCUCUAGAACAGAGCCACGUUCACACCUCGCUCUGCCUCUGCUCCCUUCACUGUCAUACACCUCUCUCUGUCUGUGCAUCACAUCCGUCCGUGAUCAGCUCUUUCUCUCUCUCUCCCCAUCAGUAUCGGUACUUCACCUGUCAAAUUUCAACCUUUCCUUGCGUUUCGUUUUUUUGUUCACGUGUUUGUUUCGUUAUGUUUCGUUCGUUUGUACUGUACAAAAACUUUUCAACAGUUUCUCCCAAAUGACAAUCCAUCCUCCUUGCUCUCUAGGAGCAUGUGGUACUGAUGGAUAUAACUUUGGCUGCUCUGUGUAUGAGUGUGUGAUAAUGUGUUUGUACAGUAAAUGUGUGUCUGUUAGUAUUAAUCCAAAUUGUAAAUCAUUUAUGUAAAAAAAAAAAAAAAAAUAGCGAGAGAUAAAAAAUUGUGGUGUUGACCUUAUGACCUGGUGGUUUACAUUGUUGUUUUGUUGUGUGUUGUUCCCCUGAUUUUAAUGCUGUAGUAAUGUGGUGCCCUGGCUCUCUGUCCUGUGUGUAACUCUCUCCUCUCCCCUGUUUUCUUCCUAUAGAACCCAUCUCCAUGCCUGUUAGCUCAUCGUUUGCCUAGCAUGUCUCUGUGGCCUGGCGUCCAAAAACCAAAAAAAUACAAAAAGUCUCAUCGUCCCGUCAUUGUUUUCUGAGCUCACCUGAUCAUAACCUGGUCUCCGCCUACUGACCUUUUGAACUUAGCGUGACCUUUUUGGACUUUUUUUUGCAUGUGACCUCAUUUUGUUCUAUUUUGGGGAGGUGGGGUAAAUGGGGUACAUUGUGCAUGAAGGAGGGGGAGGGGGGGGGAGGGUUGGAGCGAAUCAAUGUGAAGAAGUAUAGCAUCAUUCAUACAAAAAGACUGAACUCUUACAGACAAAAACAAAACGUUUCUUUUUAAAAACAGAACAACCCUGUGGCAAAAUGAUUUCCAUUAGGUUUAUUUAGUUAUGUUUAGUUUCCUUCUUUUAUGUUGGGUUGAGUUUUUUGUUCCUUUUUUCAUUUAAAGUAAACUUGAAAGUUCAGCACAGGGAUUGGCAUGCUGUCUUGUUUCUGGCUCCACUGGCAAUAUGAGGCCAGAAGCAGACACUGUCGGUGUCCAUGAAAAAUAGACUACUUCCAAACAGUUCUGAAUAAAAACUGUCUGAUCAAUAUUAGACUCUCUCAGAGCUCUGUAAUUGUUUUUACAUUUUUCAGGCAGUGUAAAGUUUUUUGAUAAGGCCAUUUUAAGUGGCUCUGUUUCUCAUUAAAGUAUAUAUAGAACCACUUUUUUCUAGAGUAGUUUAAGGUAUUACAAAAAUGUCAACAAAAAAGACUUGCCCUGUUUGGGGGGAGAAAUGCUACCUACGUGUCACCUUUUGCUGAACUGACUCACAGAUAGACAAUCCGUGGUUUAAAUGCACAUGAUAAACAAAUGACCUAUAUUUUCUACUGUUUAAAUUAUAGAGUGAGAAAAAAAGAGGAAAAUGCCUGUAACCCGCGUUAACGUUGGUGCUUCUUGUGAGUUUAGUUUUGGUUUCAUUUACAAGUCUAACGGUCUUAGUGUCUCGUGUUUUUAAAGAGAAGACUAAAAAAAAUCUGUUUACUUGAACAAUAGACAAAGCCUUUCAUAUGAAUACUAUUAUAAUUGUUCAUUUUGUCUUCUUUUUUUAAGCAGUCCCGAUUUGCUAAAUUUCUUGUUGGGUAAUUAGCUAUAUAAAAUUCCUAAAAAAGAAAUAUAUAUAUGAAUAUAUAAAUAUAUAUAUAUAACAUGUCGGCUUGUGAAGCAUCAAUGUUAAUAUAAUUUUAUUUCUAUCGUGGGAAACAAUAUUUACAUGUGUUUUGUUGUUCAUUAUAAUGUGAUUUUCUUUUCUUAUAAAGAACAAAAGACAAGAUCAGUGGAGUUUAGUGCCAAAACCUGAAGGUACAUCCUGUCUAUAGCGCGUCAGUGUAUUUCUUGUGAAAUUAUUUGAUAACAUGGGUAUUUUAUUAAGUGUUUUGUAUGGAUCCCUCAUAUGUAAAAAUAUAGAUUUAAAAAAGAGUUUGUUAACUUGCUAUUCUGUGGUCUUGUUGCCUGAAACUGUUAAUGUUUAGCUUUUUUUUUUGUAAAGAUGUAAAAAGUGCCCAUGUGUCAUAUAUAUUAUAUAUAUAUAUAUAUACACACACACUAACACACUCGCACGUGUACACACACACACACACACACUCAAGCAGACCUCACAGUUGACUUUACUUUGUUGUUGUGUAUGAGAGCCCCUGAGUGUGAGAGCCUCUACAGUCCAGUUUCCAUGUUCCUGCCCACCAGUCUUUACAUUGCUGUUCACACGCUCUCUCUAUCAACACGUCACUCACACAGACAGUUCUCACAUGAGUCAUUAUACAGAGCAUUCUUCAAAGCCUUAUCACAAGCCUUUACAUGAACACUCACAUGAACACACAUUUUCGCCAAACACUCUCGCUUCAUCCUUUCGCUUUGACAAAUGUCAAGCCUUAUUUUAAGCUUCGUCUCUCUCAUUAUAACCUAAAUCAAGGACAAGUGUUUAGUUGAAGUUGCUACAGACUGGGAAGGGGCAUCGUUAUUUGCUGGUCAUGUAUGUGUCGCCUCAAACACCAUGAAUGCGUUGCUUUCAUAAGGUAAGUGGAGGGCAAGACUUUCCCACACAAGCCUCAAACCCUCCCCAGACGCAGACAAAACAACGUUGAUAAUACAGAAUGAUUUUCAGCUGUUUGGUUUUGUUGUUUCUUCAGUUGACAGUUGACAGUUGACAGUUUCAUAUGUACCAGUAUUGGUAAUUACACCAUUAUUACAGAAAUAUGUUUGCCCUGUUGUAAAUGUUGUGUAAUGUAGUGUAACUGGCCAAAACAGUGUUGAGAUGCCAAAGUAUUAUGUCAAGAUUCUCAUAGUCAAUCCGUUUACAUGACACAAUGCUGUCUGUCCGUCAGUCUCAGUAUUCUGUAAAACUGCCCCGAUUCCCUUCCCUGGAAACCUAGUUUACGGUCUGCAAAACGCAGCACUAUUUUAUACAAAAACUCACCAGUCGCCUUAACCAGGGAGUGUUGUAUCGAAAGACUUGUCUAAUCGGAUCUAAAAUCUGUAUGUAAGUAGGUGGUGUUUGCCAAGUCUAAGUGUACUGUAUUGUACUGUACCUCCAGCUUCUCCAACUCUGGGUAAGCGUGUCACCAUUUUGUUCCACAACGCAGAGUAGAGAGGCAAAAUGGCCACCUUCUUCUUUAAGUGUGGCUCUCAAACUGACAACCAAGGGAAAAUAAGUUACUGUUAUCUGUUCCAUCGUCUUUUUACGGAAUAACAAGGUUUAUUUGAAAUACCGAGCCAAAUGGAGGAGGGUUUGUAAAGUGCAGACAGGGGAAAUAAAAUGAGAUGAAAGGGUAGCGAUCUUGUUCAGUUCUUAGACAGCAAAAACAACCGUCUCGCCCAAGAGGCAGAGCCUUUACCAUGUCAAAUGACCAAGUCAAUGCCAAACUUCAGUUGAGUCCAUAGCAUAUCAAAUUGACAUUUCCUAAAGCAGUAAGCAUGAGUAAUGCCAUACAAACCGCUCUAACUACCUGCAUAAAAGUAAUCAGGAUUGCCAAUAUGUCAUACUCCACAUAUGUCAGUGUUAAUAGAUCAUUUUGUCAUUAACGUGAGCUGAUUGUAGUCUCCUUAUAAGACAGCUGCCCUAUUAGGCCUCAGACCUUUCAGGAAUCCUCUCUGUGAGGAACAUCUUUGCACUCUAAAUACAUUAGGUAACAUAAACAGACAACAGAGUUACAUCAACUUACGGUGCAGCAUAAUGGGUUGCAGGCGUAGAGGCUUGGGUUUUUCUGUUUGUUUUCGGGUUCAUCCCUUAGCCAACUACUUAUACUUUGGGAGAUGUGUGUGUUUUUACAGAACUUAAGCAUCCCCCAAUUCCCAAAUCGCUCGCUCACACACACACACACACACACACACACACACACCACGGGUUGGCACAGUGUAGUCUGAUUGAAGUUGCAGUCUGUUAGAUGUUUCUGAAAAAGCACAAGAGUGUCCUCCGCAGACAGACCGUUAGACAGGAGUGUCUGUUGAGUGCCUCACAUCUCAGGGGCUGUCAUCACCGAUGCUUGUUGUAAUCUUUCAAUCUUGUCACUGUUCCGUUCUCUGUUCUCUUUUUUAUUUAUAAUUAUCUAAAGUGCUAUUUAUCAAACAAUGACAUUUUAAAGGAAAAAAACAACUUGUAGUUUCUUUGCAUUUUGGCUUAUUAUGUCUAGUUUUGGGGGGUAAUGUUUGUUUUCUCUCUUUCUGUGCCGUAAAGAGCUUGUUGUCUGUAGAUUAAUAUCAUUUUGUUUGAUUCUAAAGGAUUUCAAUAGUUUUAAGUAUUGUCUUGAGAGAAGCCAAAGUCAAUGCAUUUCAGUGGAUUCUGUAAGCGUAUUGUAUGUUUGUUUGACAACACUUCGAAAUCUGUCAUUGGAUGGGAUUGAAAAAGUACAAAAAAUGCAGGCUUUCCUAUUUCUACAAAUGAUUGUACUUAUGCAUUUUGUACCAGUGAAACUUUUUAUACUGGAGAUUAAAGGAAACAAAAAAAACUAUUAGAAAAACAAACCUGUCUGGCCUCAUGAUGUGGCCUGACCUUUGUUGACUGGUUCCCGAGUAUGAUUUAUAGCUGGCAUCAAGAACGUUGUCUUUUAAUAUACGAUUUUCUAGAAGAACUUUGGCUUGGUUUCUUUAAUGAAUUAACUUCUUAUUUUUCCGUACUUCAGUGUUGUUCUUUUCGCAAAGAGGAGUUAGGCGAGUGUUGAUUUCUUUUUGGCUUAUAAAUAGUUAUAGCCGUUUGUCUAUACAAAAAAAAAACGGUAAGUUUCAUUUAACUUCUGUAUUGUGACGUCUACAUGAUAAAGACAAUUAGGAAUAUAAAUAUUUAGUCACCUUCAGUGGAUUAAUGUAUUAGUUUAAUAAAAAAAAGAUGCUUAAUUAGAGGUUUUUGCUUUUAACUGUUUAGAUUUCUCUGGUUUCUCUGUCCCCUGUGAACUAACUGUGUAGCUGAAGCAGUCAGAAUUAUUUUUGUAAACGUAUGUUCUUGUGUGAUGCAGUUACUUGCUUCUGUCUCCGAUAUUAAACCAUUUUUCCUAAUAA